UCGGCGACGAAGAUGACGAGGAAACUCAGCAAAUUCUUGAUACUUUUCGAUAACACGAAUCUACUGUAUUUUCCUGGCCACUUCUUGUCCGGCCGUGUUCUCAUAGAGCUGGACGAUGAAGCUUACGUCUCGGGACUGCAUUUCCACGUUGUGGGAGAAGGUGUAGUUCGGGUACGCAGUCAACGUGCCGAGAGAGUUUACGACAAAGAAAACUACAUUGAUUUUCGCAUGCGGUUGUUGGGUGAACCAGGCGAAGGACCGUCAUUGCUAUCUCCCGGAAUACACAGUUUUCCCUUCAAAUUGGGGCUGCCAUUGGGUCUACCUUCCACUUUUCUCGGAAAACAUGGAUGGGUGCAAUAUUAUUGUAAAGCGGCUCUCCGCGAGCCAGGCGGACUUACUCACAAAAAUCAACAAGUCUUCAUCGUCAUGAAUCCGAUUGACUUAAAUCUGGAACCUCCGAUAUUAGCGCAACCUGCGAGGCAGGAGAUUGAACAGCGCGUGGGUGUCUCUUGCGUAUCGGGUGGUCCUGUAUUUUGCAGAGUUAGUCUGGACCGGGGUGGAUACGUACCCGGGGAAACGAUCGGUAUUUCUGCGACUGUCAGCAAUCGCAGUAAGGUGACGAUGAAGUCAACCAAGGCGUCACUCACCGAAACGAUACAGUAUCUGUGUCGAGGUAAAGUGCUCGCUAGCGAGACUCGCGAGCUGGCUAGCGUUUCUAGGGGAAAGAUUCGGCCGGGUGAGAGCGAGGAGUGGCUAAACGAACAAAUGUACGUUCCUCCGUUGCCGCCAACGAAUCUGCGAGGGUGCCACUUGAUUAACGUUCUUUAUCACGUUUACUUCGUCAUAAGCCCGAAGAGUCUGGACAAAGAAAUGAAAUUACAAAUACCGAUCGUGCUGGCCACGUACCCUUUGAGGCCGGAGGGUGCACCAGUUGGUACGGCGCCAUCCAAACGGGGCGCUCAUUAUCCAUCGACGUUACCCAUCUUCCGACCUUGGCUCGACGACAAGGCCUUCGAAAUACAAGAGUGAAAGCGUAAUAUUACGUAUCUAUUAUUGGAUUAUUUCAAAAUUAGUCUCUAAAGAGGUAAACUAAUUUUCUGUGAUCGUAGGUCGCAGUUGCGCCUCCAUGCGCUUAUGCAUCUAUACUCCUUUAAAAAUCUUCAUCGAUUCUUGUAUUGCUAGUCACAGCAACGCUCAUGUAAAAUUUCAAAGAAUCGAUGGCGAUAUUUGGAAAUGCCGUAUCCGGUGCAAUUAUACGUACGCGGAAUGUUCUUUUAAAAUUUCCCCUGAAAAUAUGGUAGUUGUGGUACA